AUGAACGGCACAAAUGGCACAAGACCUCCGAGGCCCUUGAAAGCAGGAAUCAACGUUCCACUCGUGGCCUUCUUCCAUCCAGAAACAGAAGACAUAGACAUCGAGGCUACUAAGAAACAUGCUAUUCGUCUGGCGCAAGCAGGCCUGACUGCCUUGACUGUCCAAGGCUCGAAUGGCGAGGCUGUACAUCUCACCCGGGAGGAACGAAGUCUCGUAACGUCUACCGUACGGCAAGCCCUAGACUCGGCAGGAUUCGAGCACAUCCCUAUCGUCGUUGGCUGUGCAGCACAAUCUGUUCGGGAAAGUGUUCUUCUCUGCAAAGACGCCUACAAUGCGGGAGGCGACUACGCUUUAGUCCUACCACCCUCAUACUACAAGGCAGCAUACACUGACAAGGUGCUGCUGGAUUACUUCCUGAACUUAGCAGAUGAAUCACCAAUUCCAAUUGUUAUCUACAAUUAUCCAGGCGCAGUGGCAGGCAUAGAUCUGAGCAGUGAUCACAUCACCACUUUGGCGAAGCAUCCCAAAAUUGUCGGUUGCAAGCUUACAUGUGGUAACACUGGAAAGCUCGCUCGGAUCGCCUCUGCAGUCAAUGCUGCAACAUCGACGUCAGAGAAUUCAGGGUGGAUGUGUAUGGGCGGAUCCGCAGACUUCACCCUACAGACACUGAUCGCUGGUGGUAGUGGUAUUAUUACGGGACUUGGCAAUGUUGUACCCAAGGCUUGUGUCAGGGUUUUUGAUCUCUACAAAGCUGGCAAGGUAGCUGAAGCACAGAAGUUGCAGGCUAUUGUGGCCAGAGGCGACUGGGCUGUCAUAUCUGGUGGUGUAGCAGGUCUUGAGGCUUGGUAUGGCUAUGGUGGUAUUGCUAGACGACCACUGCCAAAGCCGUCUCAGGAGGAUGUGGCCAAGUACAAGGACAUGUUAAAAGAGGUCGUUGAGCUUGAGAAUAGCUUGUGA